AUGGGGUCACAGAAGGGUUUGGGUCGGAAGGGACCAGCGGCGCACCGGGCUGGGAGAAGGGCGCGGAGAGCUCUCGCUGCGGCCGCGCCGAGGGCAGCGGAGCCGAACGGUGCUGUCCCGCACGGCGGACGGCUCCAUCUCACCCCUCCGUGCCCUGCGCAGGCGCUGCCCGGCGAGGUGUCCCCCCAGGAUGGCUACGUGCUGCUGCUCGCCCUGCUCUCCAUCUUCAUCGGGGGAACGCUGGUGCUGCUCUCAGGGAUCCUGAUCAUCUGCCGCCGCUGCUGCGAGGCCGACCGCCGCCACUCCAGAGCCAGCGAUGACCCUGAGAAAACCACCACUACGUACCUGGAUGACUCGCAGCAGGCCCAGGAUAUCACUAUCAAAGUGGAGGACCCCGAAUGCCUGUCGGCCUCCAGCUACCGUGAUGCAGAGAGCGAGCGGUUCCUGUCCUCCAGCUCCUCCAGCGCACGCCGCGUCUCCUUCAACGAGGCCGCGCUGUAUGAGCAGGGCAAGAAGACCCAGGAGAAGGGGCGGAGGUACACGCUGACAGAGGGGGAUUUCCACCACCUGAAGAACGCCCGCCUGACGCACCUCCACCUGCCACCGCCCGCCCUUAAGAUCGUCACCAUCCAUGAGUGCGAGUCCAGUGAGAACAGCCUGGCCAUGACCCCUCGCCGGCCCCCUCCCAAACCCGGCCUCGCCAUCUUCCAGCCCCCUGGGGGGGCCGUGCCGCAGCCCAGCCACGCCGUGUGCCCCAGCUCAGCACUGCCCGGGGACACCUACAACUCCACAGCGGGAGGGAGCCCCGCCACCUCCUCUGACUCUGGGGAGGGCCCUUCGUUCACCACAGCGCCCCGGAGUGGGAAGGGGCCGAUGGUGGGCAGUGCCAGCCCCGGGGAAGCCCCCCCAGCCCCCACGCAGGGUCCGGUGCUGCAGUUCUUCACCCGCCUGCGCCGGCACGCCAGCCUGGAUGGGGCCAGCCCCUACUUCAGGAUUAAGAAAUGGAAACUGGAGAGCACCCAGCGGGCAUCCAGCCUGGACACGAGAGGGUCUCCCAAGCGCCGCCAGUUCCAGCGGCAGCGUGCAGCCAGCGAGAGCAUGGACCAGGAGGAUCGCGACCCCCACCAGACCGACAUCAUCCAAUACAUCGCCCACACCGACGACGUCGCCUUCCACCCCGCGGGCGGCCCC